UGUCCCUCCUGCACUGUGCCCUGCAAUGUCCUCCAGCUGAUGCAUCUGGCAUCUGUCCUCCGGGUUCCAUUCCCUGCGAUGUCAGGAUGUACAGGGACAGAACUGGCGGGAAAUUUAAAAAUGUCAAAAAGUGUCAUUCACUUAAAAUCACUAAAAUCACAUAGUAAAACAUUACUGUAUCAAACCAUUUCACAUACAUAUUGUCCCUAGUGCUUUGUCCUGUGCCCUGCCUGCAUUUUUACUGUUCUUUCUGCCUGGAAACUGAGAAACGUCCAUGGUGUCCAAAAAGUGUCCCUUUAGGUCAAAAUCGGUUUUAGACCAGCUAGAGAACAGUGAUAGUAAAUUAGAACCACUUGCAGAAUUGAGUGAUAAUGAUUCGUGGGGAAAUUCGUCAUCAGACACUGA